AUGCUGAUGGAUGAGUGCAGAGGGAUGAUGAACAGCACGAGCAGAAAGAAGAUGAUGACAGAUUUCUCAUUGCAAACCACAGGUGUGUUUGGUGCUGAUGAAGUAAAGUCAGUAUCAGCGACUGAAGGAGAUUCUGUCUCUCUACACACUGAUGUUACUGAAGUACAGAGAGAUGAUCAGAUUCUGUGGAUGUUUGGACCUAAAGAGACGAGAAUAGCUGAAAUCUAUAGAAAAAACAUUUCAACAUACCACUGUAACAGGACAUUUGGAGACAGACUUCAGAUGAGCAAUCGAACUGGAUCUCUGACAAUCGGAAACGUCAGAACUGAACACUCUGGACUUUAUAAAGUACAGAUUGUCACAAACGAAGCAACUUCAUGCAAGACAAUAAAGCUUACUGUCUAUGCUUGUCUGCCUCUUCCAGUCAUCACCAGCAAAUCUUUAAACUGUUCUUCAUCAUCAUCAUCAUCAUCAUCACCAUCAUCAUCUUCAUCUAAACAUUCAUCAGUGUCUAAUUGUUCACUGUUGUGUUCAGCUGUUAAUGUGGGUGAUGUGACUCUCUCCUGGUACAAAGGAAACAGUUUAUUGUCCAGCAUCAGUGUGUCUGAUCUCAGCAUCAGUCUCUCUCUACCUCUGGAGGUGGAAUAUCAGGAGAACAACAUCUACAGCUGUGUGAUCAACAAUCCCAUCACAAACCAGACCACACAUCUGGACAUAACUCAACUCUGUCACACGUGUCCAGAUGAAAAUGAAGACAUACGUUAUGCUACUGCAGAAUUUGUUGCACAUCCUUUACAUCAUACGACACCUGAUGGAGAAGACGAAAUAGUGUACUCAAGUGUUGCAGCACCUAAGGAGUGA